CUGAGAACGUCACCGUGACGCCAAUGGUCCCGGUCAACUGGCUCAAACUAACGUAUAUCACUUGACGGAGUGAACGACUCGAAGAAGAUACCCGAAUUCAAAAUGACCGUGGUCAUUAACAAAUAUGUCGGAGGCGCUUAGCCGGCUUUGUUAAAAAGACUCGCGUAUGUAUACCCUUCACAAACUUUGACCGCCAGUUGAGCAUCCAAAUCAUGGUCAAUUCACACCCAAUUUCUCUUAAUCAUCCUCCUCUUGACGGAUCUCUGUUCCUUCCUGAAUUGCUCGAAUUCAAUGCCCAACAUAACCCGGGCGUCACAUUCUUUGUCUACAACAAACCUGGCAACAACGACCUCAUCUCUAUUUCACAUCUAGACUUCUAUCGAGCUUGUCAUCGUGCUGCACAUCAGGUUAGACCAGAUCGUGCAGGCACAGACAAACAGGUGGUUGGCAUCAUCGCCAAUUCAGACACUCUCCUUUACCAGACCGUGGUCAUGGGUAUCAUCCUCGCUGGGCUGAUUCCAUUCCCCAUCUCACCUCGUAAUUCGGCGGCGGCAAUCCUAAACCUCAUGCAAAAAACAAAGUGUUGUCGUCUAGUCACCACUCACCACUCUCUCAGUUCCCUGCUCAACGAAGUCAAAGCGGGUAGCAUAUCUCAUGGCAUUGAAGCGAGCCAGCUGCAGCUUGACAUGAUGCCGGCGCUGAAAGAUUUAUAUCCCAUGCUUGGCACAGGCUCUGUAGACGAGGGUUUUCUCCCAUACCCUCCCCAAGCUUCUCGGCCGUCUCAGGACGAUAUAUUAUACUACAUACAUUCCUCUGGUAGCACUGGUUUCCCGAAAGCCAUUCCAACAACCAAUCAGACCAUCAUUGAAUGGUGUAGAAACCCAUCCAUUGUCGACCACAUCAACGCUCCCACUCCUAUCCGCAUCACUGCUGCAUCCGUUCCAGCGUUCCAUACCUCAGGCAUACUGAUCCAACUGCUGAUACCCAUUGCAUCUUUGAGCAGCAUAUCUAUUUACCCGCCCACAUCCCUCCACGACCCAUCAGCUGCUCCCAUAACACCCAAUUCCCAAAAUAUCUUGGAAUGUGUGCUUGAUACCAAAUCGAACGCGUUGUGGGCUAUGCCUUGCUUCCUAGAGCAAUGGGUAUCAUCUCCUAAUGCUCUUGAUAUUCUGAAGAAUCUUAAAUAUGUCCUUUAUACUGGCGGUCCACUCGCCUCUAAGAUGGGAAAUGCCCUGGUAGAUGCAGGAAUCAAUAUAUUCCCUCACUACGGCGCCACAGAAAUUGGACCUGUCACUCCUUUGUUGCGGUAUGGGGUCGAGAAAAAGCUUUGGGACUGGCUGCAAUUUAUCCCAAACGUCAAGAUCAGAUGGGUUCAUCAGGGCGAUAAAACGUAUGAAUGCCAAAUUUUAACAACUCCGACGUACCAUGUGUCGGUAGAGAAUCUCCCGGACGUCAAGGGUUAUGCGACUUCGGAUUUAUUUAUCAAGCAUCCGACAAUCGAGGGUUUGUGGAAGAUAUCAGGAAGAAAGGACGAUGUAUUGACGCUCUCGUCUGGGGAGAAAGUAAUACCAGCACCCAUGGAAUGCGUCAUCGGGACCAACCCCUAUGUGAAUGGCGCCAUCAUCUUUGGCCGUGGGCGUAGCCAGGUUGGCGUCCUUAUAGAGCCACGAGCGGGGCAUAAAAUCGACGUCAAAGACGAGGCACAGGUUUCGGAGUUCAGGAAUCGAGUUUGGCCGGAGAUAGAAGAAGCGAACAAGGAAGGCCCUGCCUUUGGCAGAAUCUUCAAGGAAAUGGUUCUUGUGACGUCCAGGGGAAAGCCUAUGCCUCGAACUGGAAAAGGGACCAUCGCCAAGAAAGCCGUUAUCCAAACAUAUGAGGGGGAGAUCAAUGCAUUAUACCACAAGGUGGAGAGCGGCAGAACAGGCAUCAAUGUGCCUUUGCCUACGAGCUGGACUGUGGAAGACGUCGAGAAUUGGCUCAUGCUGCAUGCCGUUUCUGUGAACGCUGGCAAGGCGGUCGAUCCCGAUGCAGACUUCUUUGCUCAGGGCUUUGACAGUCUUUCUGCGACAUUCCUCAGAAGCCAGAUCAUCAGUUCCCUCAGGUCAUCAUCAGAUCGCGAUGUCCAGGCUUCGGCAUCACAAAUUGACCAGAACAUCGUCUUUUCAAGUCCUUCGAUUCGCCAGCUCGCGAGAAGCGUCGUUUACGCAGUAUUGCAUAUGAACAGUCCGACCGUCGAUGUCAAAGUUGAGAUCAAGAACAUGAUCGAGAAGUAUUCAGUAGGAUUCAGUGGGGACUCUGUCAUAGAUACCUCUGCCACUCUUGUCAACGGACGCAGUCAAGGCAAUCAUGUAGUCAUCCUGACUGGGUCCACAGGUGGUCUUGGUUCGUACCUGCUUGCAUCUUUGCUACAGCGCAAGGAUGUCUCGGUGGUAUAUGCCUUCAAUCGUUCAUCGAGGGGCGCUACAUCCAUUCAAGAACGACAGAAGAAUGGAUUCGAUGACCGCGGUUUAGAUGUCACUCUCCUGCAGUCAGAGAAACUUUUGUACAUAGAAACGGAUACUUCUGGUGAUAACUUGGGUUUGGAGAAAGAGUUGUAUGAGAAAAUCCGCACGUCCGUCACUAUCAUCAUUCACAAUGCCUGGCAGCUCAAUUUCAACCUGGCGCUGUCGUCCUUCGAGCCUCAUGUUCGGGGAACCCGCAAUCUUAUCGAUCUGGCUUUGUCUUCUCCGCGCCAUCCGAAGCCGCGUAUAUUAUUCACCUCUUCUAUAUCGACUGCGCAAAAUUGGGAUAAAUCGAAAGGGCCUUUCCCGGAAGAAGUACAGUGUGAUGCGGGCGUUGCAGCAGGCUUCGGCUAUGGUGCGAGCAAAUACGUUUGUGAAAGGGUCCUCGUGAACAGCAAGUUGCCGGCAUGCUCGUUCAGAAUCGGACAAAUAGCGGGAGGACCUCCACGAGGAGCUUGGUCGACGACGGACUGGCUGCCGAUCAUCGUCAAGUCGAGCGUAAGUUUGGGUGUAUUCCCGGAAGCUCAAGGGCUCUUGUCAUGGAUUCCUACUCACGCGGUGUCGAACGCUAUUCUUGAUGUGGCUUUUGCAGCAGAAGAGCCCCCCAUCGCGGUUAAUCUGGUGCAUCCGAGACCAGUAGCGUGGGGGACGCUGAUGCGACCUGUUGCGGACGCCAUUUCUGAGCGCAGGAUAACAAGCGCCCCGCUGCCCCUCAUCCCAUUUUCGGAGUGGUUCAAGAAGGUCGAAUUAAGUGCCAAGAAUGCAAGCGAGGCAGACAUAAAACGCAUCCCUGCUAUCAAGCUUCUCGACUUUUUGUCCCCGAUGUCUCGAUCAGAUAUCGCAAUCAGAGCGUCUGGGGAGAUGCACUCAGAAGCAGGUGGUCUUUCCUCAUUCGCGACUGAUGUGGCCCAGCGCGUCAGUCCGACGGUGAAAGACUUGGAGCCCCUGUCGUCAGCCAAUGCAACGCAAUGGGUAGACUAUUGGGAGGCAGUGGGAAUGUUUCGAUGAAUUAUCAUUUAAAGUUGGAAUAUCAGUCUAUUCAUUUUUCUAGGUUUUUUGAAGGAGUACCAUAGGAUAUCACAUUGCUUAAUCUCAAUCGCACUUGGUUCGGAACUUGUUUGCUCUCAAGUUCAGAUUUCGGACAAGUAGCAAAUUGUGU